UCGACUAGUGCGGACGCGUCGCGAGUCCAUUUUACAAAGCGAAACUUUAACCGCGCUCGUUUUCUCGUAAAAAAGUGGUGUUACCUAUUCUCAAGUUCUAUAAACUUUCAUUUUAUUUGACAGUUGUUGUGAUCACUUGUGACGCUGCAAGUUGGAGGUGUACAGUUUAUUUUCAUUGCUGCCGUCUGUUUACGGAGGGCGCAGGCGGUGCGCACGCGCCGGUUAUAAUGUGAACGGACGACGUAGCGCGACUACCUUCAAGGUGUUUGCGAUGUGGUGCACGUGGAUUGCGUUGCUACUGGUGUCUGGCGCACUGGGGCAAGAACUCGAAACGACGACAGAACUGCCGGUUACUGAGACUGCUGGUCCGGUGGAGGUGACGACCGGCCCGACGGUUCCCGUGGGCACGAGCCGCUCACCUCCUCGCACUCUCGACCGUCAGGCUGCAGAGCUAGCAUGGCGCACGUGGCUGCAGAGUCCGGAAAGUGGCAACCCUAAUGGACCCCCGCGCCGGAUCACUACCAAGUCGCUCUUCAUCACGCCCCUCGUGUGUCCUAAAGGGCAGAGGUUGGACCGCAACGGGUGUGUGCAAGUCGUCACUGUCAAUAAAGACGAACAUGAAAGAAUUUUGCUAGAUCAAUUGAAUGCACUAUUUAACGCAACACCUGCAAACACUGGCGACGUUCUCUAUGACUACGGAGAAGAAGAACCAGGUCCUUUGCAGCUAUCAAUACCUCUAGGGCUGGACCCGCAGAUAGCUUCCCUGCAAUCUCAGGAUCCUAAUAUGCAGAUUCACAAAAAAGGUGAAGCUACCCACAUCUCUGACGCUAGCAUCGAAGCUGAGUUGGAAUUAUUAAAGUUGCAACAACAACACAUGUCCAAAAAUUAUACUAUGGAUAAUACAAAUAUUCUAUCUCAUAAUGUGUUGAACAACUUACUAUCAUACUCCGAUAAACCAAAAAGGGACAGUCCAAUGACGAAUUCAAGCGAAUCUAAUGAACAAAACAUAGCUGAUGAAGGACAAAAGGAAAUAAUUUAUGGACAAGUCAAUGUUGACCCCGUUUUAUACGACACAGAUGGUAACGCUCCAACUGUAACCCCUACAGCUAAGCCAAUUGAUAUAUCAUCUAAUGACGCAAUCAAUAAUAAUAAAAACGAAAGUAAUAAAAAAGAAACCGAUAAACAGUUAUCAGACAAAGAAACUGACUCUGUUAAACUGAAUCCUGAAAAUGAUUAUUCGGACAUUGGUGAAGCUAUUAAACUUAUAAGCAGAUACGCUGAAGUCUCAACUGACGAUAAUUUUAACAGAGGAAACGGCAUGAUUGUUAGUGCUGAUGAUUCUAUAUUGGGAACACGUACUAAAAUCCAGUAUCGACGUAAUAAACCAAAUUUAGCAAAUAAGAUAAAACAAGAAUCGAAUCCAUCUUACGAGAAGGAUAUACGCCAAAUUGAUACUGUAUACCGAUACCCAGUAUCCAGGGAAAAUGCUCGAUCACCUCCGGAGAAUUAUCCAUUCAAACGGCUGCAAGAUUACUGGCCUGGAAGGGAUAAAUUUGGAGGAGUUUACAACAAUGUUCAUGAAAAUCCUAGACGACAUCAUCAUUCUUAUCCGCAUUACUUUCGACCGCGCAGCUACCAAUAUCUUGAAUCUCCUGAUGUUAAAUCACAUGCAGAGAUUUAUCCAGGACUUGCCUACCCGCACAAAGCAAGCCGACACAACACUAGAAAUAGUCCAAUACGUUCUCACCCAAACGACCAGGAUCUGUACAGCCUGCUAGGCUUGAGGCAUUGGUUUAGCGGCGAAGAUGCAUCGAAGAGAUAGAUCUUCUUUUCUUUACCUAGACAAUUGGAUGUUACCCGACGACAUAUAUGGAAAGUUAUGGAAAUAAUGUUUCAAUGAUUCUUGACUAGAUUUUUCAUUUUAGCCAUAGCUUUCAAUAUAUUAGCCUAUUUAUAUUAAAGCCAAAUAUUAAAGUCAUAAUUAAGUUUUAAGUGAUUACUAAGUAGAUAUUUUAAGUUCUUGUAAAUAAUAAAUUAUGAGCAUCUUAAUGUUUUCAGUUGCUACGGAAAAUAUUAUUAGUAUUAUUGUUGUUUUGUUUUAUGUAAAUUGUUGUAUUAAUUACUUAUUUAUUUUGUAUUGGUGUAUAUUUUUCUUGUUGUCAAUUAUGUUAGAUGCAAAGCAAGUAUUAUUGUCCAUCGGAUUUAAUGGGUUAGUAUUUUUGAAUCGAUACAUUAAAUUCUGUUAUACAUUUUUUCAUAAAAAAAAAUUAUGAACAGUUGCGAUAAUAUGCCAUUUUUUUUUAUCUAAAACAAAAUGAACACAAACAUUCAAAAAAUCAACAUCCGCGACUAACUCUGAUUUUAAAAUAUUUUAUUGAAUUGGCACUGGCUUGCCUUUAUUGUUUAGCUUAGAUAUUAUAUCGUGUACUUACAUUUAUAGGUUAUUAGAAUAAUUUCUGUAUAUCUGGACAAUAUUCCUUUCUUACUGAUUUAUUUUUAAUACUCCCACCUCAAAUCAAUAUUCAAAUGGAAGUAUUUAAAAACACAAAACUUAACAAAAAAAUUAUUGACCUUAAAUAAUCAGCUUAUAAAUUCUCCUCCAACCAUUUAUUAUUAUAAGGUUAAACUUUUAUAUUGAAAAAAACUGUAAGCCUUCCAUUGAGUCAAAAUAAAAAAAAACUUAUUACAAUAAAACCACCCACACAAUGAUCCCACCAAAGCUAGAUUAAGUACUUAGAUAUUAUUAACUUUUAAUCUAAUUGCAAUAUUUUUAUUAUUAUUACUUACCUACUUCUAAUUUUCAAAAAUUAUAAAAAUUCAAUAUUUUUCUACUGUAACACAUUAAACUAAAUUGUGAAUAUUCUUAUUUACUGAUGUGGUAACAUUGAAAUACUUGCCAUAAAAUAAUUAUUAUUGUUGCUAUUUAAAACAACUAUAGAAUCUGUAGCAAUAAUUAUAUAAUUUUUACCAGUGUUAGAUUACACCUAAAUAAUACAAUUAAUUCGUUUCUUUCAUUCAUAUUGUCUUCUAAAACUACUAUUAAUAUCUUUUAUUAAAUAGGUAGAUAAACCUAGUAUUUUUUAAAGUAACACAAUACAAAUCUUAGCUUAAAUUUAUUUUUAAAAUAAUGAUUGUUUAUUUUACAUUAAAUUGUGUAGUUGACAAUUAUUGUCUAGUAACUAGUAAUUCUGUAAAUUUAUAAAACAGAUAAAUAAUCAUACAUUUUAUUUAUUGAUUUUAUUGCCAGUAUUUUAAUGUAAAUAUAAAUGUGUUAUAAUAAAUGAUUGCAAAAACACAUGAA